AUGGUUACGAGACUCGGCAGCAGAGCUGUCUGGCACGCCGCCACUUCGAUCAGACCUUUGUUCAAUCCGUCGCAGGCUAGGACUUUUGCUAGUACUCUACAAAGAGAGGACAAGAGAACAGCCAUUGUCACCGGCGCGAGUCGUGGAAUCGGCAAGGCCAUCGCCCUACGUCUGGCCCAGGACGGCUACAAUCUAUGCAUCAACGACGUCGAAGCCAACAAGCAAGGCAUCGACCAAGUUGUCAGUCAAGUCAAGGCAGCAGGCGUCAAUUCUGUAGGUGCUGUUGGCGAUGUCUCGGAUCUCUCCCAGGUUGAGUCUGUUAUACAAAAAUCGGUCAAAGAGCUUGGCCCCCUGAACACAAUGAUUGCCAAUGCUGGAAUCGCUCAGGUCAAGCCGCUGCUAGACUUGACGACCGAAGACUUUGAGCGCAUGUUCAGAAUCAACGUCUUUGGCGUUCAAAACUGCUACAGCGCUGCAGCCCGACAGAUCAUCUCGCAGGGUAAUGCCACUGCAGAUGCACCAUGCAAGCUGCUGGCUGCAGCAUCGAUUGUCGCCUUCAAGCCAUUUGCUCUCCUCUCACACUACUCGGCAUCCAAGUGGGCUGUUCGUGGUCUGACCCAAGCAUAUGCCAUGGAGAUGGCCGAGCAUCACAUCACGGUCAACUCUUAUGCACCGGGCAUUGUUGGCACAGCCAUGUGGGAUCUGAUAGACGAGGAGCUUGGCAAGAAGCGUGGCAAUGAUCUAGGUCAGAUUAUCAAGAAGGGCGAGACAAUCAAGAAGUACACGGACGAGUUGAUCGCCCUUGGUCGUGUGAGUGUGCCCGAAGACGUGGCCAAGCUGGUGUCGUUCCUUGCUGGGCCGGACAGUGACUACAUCACAGGGCAAUGCCAGGUUGUUGACGGUGGUAUCAUCUUCACAUAG